UUCUCAGCCAGAAAUAACUGCUGGCCUGCCGCGGGACCUUGGCACCCCGGCCGGAGCCCAGCACGGCUCGGGGCGAGCAGCACGGAGCCCCAGGUGCCGCACGGAGCCAGCUGGGGCCACCAAAAGCUGGUGGCUGUGUCCUCGUCCCCAACCCGGGCAGAGCGCAUCGCCCCGGUGUCACAAGGAGCCCCCCCUGGGCAGGUAGGGGGGGUGAGGUCCCAAAUUUGGCCGGCCGGGAGCCGUCCCCAUCCCAUCUCCCUGCCCCAGGAGCGCGGCAGCGGGCGAUGACCAUCAUGAAACCAGACCCUGGAGAUGCGCCCCGGCUGGACCUGGGCAAGAAGGUGAGCACGCCGCAGGACGUGAUGCUGGAGGAGCUCUCCCUGAGCACCAACCGCGGCUCCCAGCUCUUCCAGCAGCGCCAGAGGCGGAUGCAGCGCUUCGUUUUCGAGCACCCCAGCGGCUACAAGAAGCUCCCAGCGCCGGGUGGCUCGCACGGCACCGAUAAGGCUGGGCUGGAGGGGACGGCGAACAAGCGGCCGGCUGGGGACGCUGAGGGCCAGCAGAGCUUCCACUCGGAGCUGCACGUGGCGGCAUCGCCCCAGGGCGGCCCCCCGGAGGUGCCCAAGAAAUCGGAGAGAGUCUUGCAGAUGGGCAGAGUCCUCAACCCGGACAACCUGGCCCCAGGGUACUCGGGGCCCCUCCGAGAAGUGCCCCCGGAGAAGUUCAACGUCACCGCCAUCCCCAAGGGCUACCGCUCCCCCUGGCAGGGGCUCCUCGGCGACAAGGACAAGGCUGUGGGCAGGGAGAACCAGCUGCCCCUCCGACCCUCCUACGGGGAGUUCCUCAGCUUCAACAGGACUCCCACCCCGUUUGACAGAGCAGUGCUCAGCGAUCUCUUCUACGUGCCCCCCGCCGAGGUGGACCCCCUGAGCGGUCUGGAGCUGCUCGCCCAGAGACGCAACUUCAACAGAGUGCCGCAGGGCUGGGCGCGGGUCCUGCCCGGAGAGCGACGAGCUGUAGCACCCCCCGCUCCCUUCCCCGGCACCGCGGAUGCUUUUCUUGCUAGACUCAGCCAUAGUAGGGGAGAGGGGAGUGAGUGCCCUCGCCUAGAAUUUUGGGAAAGCCAAGCUAGAGGUCUCGGAUCGUCCUCCUUUUCCUCGGGGUUUGAACAAGCAGCGUGGGGCCUCGCUGCUGCUGCGCUGGCACACAAGCCCUGCUCCUGACAGGUGGUGUCCCCGGGGAGGAAUUCCACCCGAAGGACAUGGAAAGGAGGUGAGGACUGCAGGACAGCAGCAGGACGAGCAACCAGAGGCAUCAGCACGUUAAAAGCAAUGAGCUGAGGCUUGGCUGGACAACAGCAAGGAUGAGCUCGUCACCUGCCUGCUUACUGCGCUGCCCGGACAGGGAGGGGAGCACUGGGAGCUGGAAACUUGUGCCACUUUUUCCAGAAGCUCCUGGCUAGCAUGUGACUGCUGUUUUUUGGGCUUCCCACCUGCACACCUCGCUCCAACAUCUCAGCCCUUCGAUCCUCCGGUGCCAGGUUUGCUUCAUACGGCCGGUCCACAACUGCGCCAGUCUGAGGAGUCUGAAAGAAACUGCUGGGGGAUUUGAGCAACUUCAGCAUCAGUGGGAAGGAAAAGCAGUGCAGUCGCAUCCCUACAGCAAGCACGGACUUCUUAAAUGCAAAAAUCAGCAGUGGGGAUUUGACUACACAGUUUUUUUUCAGCGGUGGGACAUGCAGCUAGAAGUUCGUAGGAGAGCCAGCAAAAAUUUAGGGAAAACCCUGCCAGCCGCUACCAAAGAUCCCUGACACAACACGCUUUCUACAACUGCUUCUGUCAAGUUCUUCCUGUCACCCUUAUUUAGUCCUGUGAAACCAGGAGCACUGGAAUAAAAGUAUUUUUUUCCGCCACUGUGGUUAAACCAGGUAAGUAAAUUUUGUGGUAACGCUGCAGUUAACGGCUGCCUUGCUUGUACAGCGCAUUGUGAUGCCGUGCAGAGAGAUUCCCAAGCAGGGAUUCUGCUGCGACAACACAGCAUUGAGGCAGGACACCCGCAUUUCCCUGUUCUUCCCACAGCAGCAUGAGGGGAUAAGCAAAUGUAAAGAAUAAAGGUCUAGUCCUCUAAUAUUAAACAUUUGUGAUGUA